AUGGUGACGAAGUUCUAUCAGCAUGCCCUGGCCUUGGUGUUUGCUGUACAAAAGAUCAAUGGGAAUCCCAAAAUGUUGCCCAAUGUAACACUCGGUUUCCACAUCUAUGAUAGCUACUACCAUGAGAGGAUGACCUAUCGUACUAUUCUGGAUCUGCUCUUCAAAUCACAUCAAUUUCUCCCGAACUAUGAGUGUGGCACCCAGAAAAAACUCAUAGCCGUUAUUGGAGGCCUUGCCUCUGAUAUCUCUUUCCAUAUAGCAGACAUCUUAAGUCUCUACAAGAUCCCACAGCUCCAUCCAUUCCUUCAAGGCAUUUCCUUUAACAACUCAGCUGGAGAAGCCGUGUCCUUUAACAACAAGAGGGAAAUGGGAGCUGGGUUUGAUAUAAUGAACAUGGUUAUGUUCCCAAACAAAUCCUUUGUUCAUGUGAAAAUUGGAAGGGUGGGUCCCAAUGAAGGACAGGAAUUCCUCAUCAAUGAUGAUAUGAUUGUAUGGCAUAGGCGUUUUAACCAGGCUCUUCCUCUUUCUCUGUGUACUCUUCCCUGUCAUGCUGGUAAUCAGAAAAAAAGGAAGGAAGGGGAAAAAUUCUGCUGCUAUGAUUGUGCUCCAUGCCCAGAAGGGAAGAUUGCAGAUCAAAAUGAUAUGGCAGACUGUUUUGAAUGCCAGAAAUAUCAAUAUCCAGGCAAGGACAAAGAUAGAUGCAUUCCAAAGACAAUAACUUUUCUGUCCUAUGAAGACCCUUUAGGGAUCACCUUAACUUCCAUUGCUAUCUCUUUCUCCUUCAUUACAUUGUUGGUGUUUGGAAUUUUUAUUAAGCACAAAGAUACCCCCAUAGUCAAAGCCAACAACCAGGACCUCACCUACAUUCUACUCUUCUCCCUCCUGCUCUGCUUCCACUCCUCUUUCCCCUUUCUUGGACAACCUAACAAGGUGUCCUGCUUUCUUCGACAAUCCACUUUUGGCAUCAUCUUCUCUGUUGCUGUUUCUUGUGUGUUGGCUAAAACCAUUACUGUGGUUGUUGCUUUCAUGGCCACAAAACCAAACUCCAACAUGAGGAAGUGGGUGGGGAAAAGACUGGCCAACUCCACUGUUGUUUCCUGUUCUCUCAUUCAAGUAGGCAUUUGUGCCGUGUGGCUGGCAACCGCUCCUCCAUUUCCAAAUUUGGACACACAUUCACUCUCAGAAGAAAUUAUAGCAGAAUGUAAUGAAGGAUCUGUCACCAUGUUUUAUCUUCUCCUGGGCUAUAUGGGACUUCUGGCCAUCAUCAGUUUCACAGUGGCAUUCCUGGCCAGGAAGCUGCCUGAUACUUUUAAUGAAGCCAAGUUCAUCACCUUCAGCAUGUUGGUGUUUUGCAGUGUUUGGUUGUCAUUUGUUCCAACGUAUUUGAGCACCAAAGGGAAAUACAUGGUUGCUGUGGAGAUCUUUUCUAUCUUGGCCUCAACUGCUGGGUUACUGGGUUGUAUCUUUUUCCCAAAAUGUUAUAUUAUUCUGCUGAGGCCUGACCUUAACAGCAGGGAGCAUCUAAUAAGGAGAAGACCUGGAUGA